AAAGGGAGAUAGAGAGCAGCUCUAAGCUCCUUUCUUUCUUGCUCCCUUUUUAAAACAGAUUCAUUUCUUUGUGGCACCCUGAUCACUUCCAAACAUAUAAGAGCCCUGGAAGACCUUUCCAUAGAAAACAGCAGAGAGAUCAGAAUAGAAGAGGAAAAACCCAGCAAGAAGAUUUUGAAGACUAACCAAACAACAAUAUGAAGUACACAAGGGUCAUUUACAUUGUCAAUUUCCUGAUGUUUCAGCUAAUUACAUCUGGAGAAAAAUCUGAGUUGCCAGAAAAUGUCAUUAGCUUUAAACACAAUGCUUUUGAUGACCAAUAUGUGGGCUGUGAAGAAACCAUGAAGAUGUGGGCAAAAGAGCUCUUAGCUCAAGAAAGGAUAAUGAACUCAGAUUUCAACAAAGUUUGGGAAAAGGCAGAAAAUAAAUGGAGAACACUGUCUACUGACAAAAAAAGAAUGGAAAUGCUAUUUGAAAUUGCUGUCAUUGCCUACACGAUGGAAGAAGAUAAGAUUUACCCAGCCUUUAAUCAAGCAGUGAGAGAAUGCUGUGAGUCCCGUGAGGCUUAUAUGAACAACUUCCAUUUCAAAGCUUUCCAUUUCUAUCUGACCAGAGCUAUUCAAAUCCUGAGAGGAUCCUGCAAAAAUGUUUAUAGGGGCGUCUCUGUGAAGCAGUACCCGGAUGGGACAGGGAAGAUGUGCUUUGGUCAAUUUGCUUCAACUUCUCUCAAUAAAUACAUGGCCAGAAAUUUCAUAAAAGGCUCAGGGACUUUCUACAAGGUGUACACCUGUGAAGGGGCUAACAUUGAACACUUAUCAGUCUUUCAAUAUGAAAGGGAGGUGCUCAGUCCCCCAUAUGAGGUGUUCACCAUCUCUAGUUUCUCAGAUUCUAAAGGCAUUAAAAAUGUUGAGGUAAAGAGCAAUGGAACAUUUAGCAAAUUUAACUGCGCCUACCUAGAAGCUUCUGGAAAUAAGGCAGCGGGCCCUGGACAACUGACAACCAUGUUCUUCUCCGGAGUCUUCACCCUGGUCUUCCAAGCUCAUUCCCAGCUUUUGACAGGGUUCUGACCAUACAGGGCACCCAUAUAGACAAUAGUGUGCUAGGAAAUGUUUACCAACUAACUUCCCUUCCCCCCUCCCCCCCCCCCGCAAAAAAAAGGAAUGUAGCCAUGACACACUUUUAAGUAUAAGAAUAAGCAUUAUUAAUAUUUUCUAUCACUUCCUUAAGUCUAAAUUAGCAAUAAAACAAUAACUGAUGUGGUAUUUGCCAAUUUCUAAGCAAAAUACCCACACUAAAAAUUUAACAAUCCGCUCUCUCAGACAGGUUGGAGCUGGUUCUAGAUCACUGCUGCAUGUAGGUCUUUCUCAGUACCAUGGGCUAAAGUAAUGUCUGCUUAUCUAUAGCUCAGUUAUUGCAGGCUGGGGAGGGGGAUAAUAUGAGUUUAGUCUUAUCUUUCCCCACAAUAAUCCAUAGACAGUGUUAACAUGGAAAUGUUUAAAAGGCUUCACCUAAUCAUAAAUUAUGCAAUUAUCAAGUUGAAAUAAUAAAUGAUUUCUCACCACUA